AUGACCAAUACUCGCAAAACCUGUCUGAUUACAGGCUGCUCUAAGGGUGGAGUUGGCGAGGCGCUUGCAGAAGCCUUCAGAGACAAGGGCUAUCAUGUUUUCGUGACCGCACGUUCAACAAACAAAAUCCCAGAGCCCCUUCAUGAUGCGUCUAAUGUCACUGUCCUUGCGCUGGAUGUCUCGUCUUCCAGGUCCAUUGCUGCAGCCGCCAAAGUCAUUCAAUCCGAGACUGGGGGUAAGCUAGACGUUUUGAUCAACAACGCUGGCCUCGGCAUGGAAAUGCCCGUUCUAGACACAUCUAUUGCCGAAGCUAAGAAGUUGUUCGAUGUCAAUUUCUUCGGAGCCUUGGAGAUGACUCAGGUGUUCAGCCCUAUGCUUAUCAAGGCUGAGGGAUGCAUUGUCAAUAACUCAUCCGUGGGCGGACGUUUUCCAAUUCCAUUCAUUGGCACCUACCAAGCAACUAAGGCUGCUCUCAUUCAAACAAGCGAAGUCCUACGUCUGGAGGUGGCACCUCUCAACGUGCGCGUCCUUACUCUCAUCACAGGCGGCAUCACGACAAACUUCCUGGCUAAUAUUCCGACCCUGCUGUUGCCGGAGAAUUCCUACUACCAUGGCAUCAGAAACAUCAUUGAAGAACAGCCCCAGCAGGUACCCUUCGGUGUAAGCCCGAACAAGUUUGCAGGAGAAGUUCUCUAUCAGGUGGAAAAGGGAACGACAGGCAAAUACUGGAUUGGCGGCGCUACCGGCUUUGCUCGUUUGUCAUUGUGGCUUUUACCAGAUUGGUUGCUUGAUCGAUUUUCUUUGAGCCAGAAACCAUUUACCAAGAAGCUGGCUGAAGAGCAUGGGAAGCGGACUGCGCAGGAUACAAAGCUUGAUUGA